UUUUUAUUUUGUUCUGUCGUUAAUUUCUAAGUUUUUUUUGUUUCUUUUUAAGUUCAACAACCCUUUUCAGCUGUGAGUAGCAGGAGCUUCCAUUCUCCAAACUAUCGUUGAACCCCCUUCCUUACUUAGUUAGGACCUGAUAACCUGAUAUUCCUCAAGCACCUGAAACUGGCAGCUAUUCUUUUUGUGUCUGUGUGUUUGGGGAGUUCUGUGACCACAGCUUAAGCACCACUCAGCCUUCUAGUCACCUAAGCCUAACUAAAGCCAGCCAACUCUCGCCUGGUCCAGCCCAGUCCAGCCUGCUCCGAUCUUCUGGACAGGAUACUCAGUUCUGUGUGGACGUGAGGAAUAUGACUGCUGAGACUCUUAACUUCGGCCCAGAAUGGCUCCGUGCACUGUCCAGUGGGGGGAGUGUGACGUCCCCCCCUCCUUCCCCUGCCAUGCCAAAGUACAAGCUGGCCGAGUACCGCUACGGCCGAGAGGAGAUGUUAGCACUUUAUAUCAAAGACAACAAGGUCCCAGAGGACAUGCAGGAUAAGGAGUUUGCUGCUAUCCUGCAGGAUGAGCCCUUGCAGCCACUGGCACUGGUUCCUCUAACUGAGGAGGAGCAGAGAAACUUCUCCAUGUCUGUGAACAGUGUGGCGGUGCUGAGGCUCAUGGGAAAAGGGGUCGGUGGUGGGGCUGCCCCGGCCGGAGUGGUCCGGGGACGAGGGGCCACACGAGGCGGUCGAGGACGAGGUCGUGGUGAAGGUGGAUUCUACCAAAGAAGUAUUGAAGAUGUGGAGGUUGGUUUCGGCCGCAGCGCCAGAGAGAUUCACCGCAGCCAAAGCUGGGAUGACCGGGGUGAGCGUCGAUUUGAGAAGCCGCUGCGGCGGGAGGUGGGACGUCCUGGCUUUGAAGAUGCUGUAGGUCCCGCGGGUCCAGGGAGGAAGGAGUACACAAGGGCUGACAGCGAUAACUGGCGUACCCUUCGGGAGGAGCAUGAGGAGGAGGAAGGGGAGCCAGGCACCAACUGGAGACUCACUGGACCUCGCAGAGAUGAUGGCGGUCCUCGCUCAGCAGGCUGGCGGGACCACACUGGUCCAGGCGAGAGUCGUCGGAGGAAGUUUGACUUUGACUUCCGGGACUCAGAGGGUCAUGGUGGCAGUCGCCGGCGUGCAGGCAGCGAUGGACUGGAGGACGGCGACGGCCUGCCUGAGUGGUGCACAGAUGAGGAGGAUGGGGAAAUGGGCACAUUCGACUCCUCAGGAGCUUUUAUGCCGAUGAAGAAGGGGGGCAAGGAGACAAUCCUGGAGGAUGAGUUGGAGUUUAAGGGGAUAGAGGAGGAGGAAGAUGACGAGGGCUUCCCUGAUAUAGAGAGGAACAGUGCCGAAGGAGACAAAGAGAGUAAAGAAGUUGCCUCUGCUGUAGUUGAUAGUGAGGCAAAGCCAGCAUCACCUUCUUCUUCUCCUCCAACACACUGUACCCCUCCAUCUGUGGAGCCUCAACCCAGCAAUCCAGGCCCGGUGGUAGAUAAUUCUUCUCUGAACAACAGCCACCCUGUCAAGGCCAACACUAUGCCUGGUGAAGACAUGGCUCCAGUAGGGGGCUCCAAGACUCAGCUGAACCCUGGUGCCACCACCUCUGCCAGUCUGCCUCCCCCACCCCCAUCCUCUGCUGCUCCUCUCCUCCCUUCGUCUGGAGGAGACAAUGAGGAUGAUGAGGGCAUGAAGCACCUGCAGCAGGAGGCAGAGAAGAUGGUGGCAUCACUGCAGGACACCUCUUUGGAGGAGGAGUGUUUCACCCAGGCUCUGCAGCAGCAGCAGGAAAGCAGGAACACAGCUGCAGCUCUCCCACUGUCACACGAGGCAGCCAUGAAGUGGUUCUACAAGGACCCACAAGGGGAAAUUCAGGGUCCAUUCACCACGGUGGAAAUGUGUGAGUGGUUCCAGGCUGGCUACUUCACCAUGACUCUGCUGGUGAAGCGGGGCUGUGAUGAGGGCUUUCAGCCACUGGGGGACGUCAUCAAGAUGUGGGGCCGCGUUCCCUUUGCCCCAGGGCCCUCCCCGCCGCCCCUGCUGGUGAGACCGCCACCACCAACGCAGCGCCCGCAGCCCAACCGGGGGCCCUCCGGGACUGUGAGUCAGAGCUCAGCCAACAAAGAGGGUGGGGAGGGGAGGAUGCAGACUAAACGACAGGGAAACCUGGACCAGGAGCGCCUGAAAAAGCAACAGGAGCUGGCAGCAGCAGCUCUUUAUCAACAGCUCCAGCAGCAGCAGCUAUUCCAGCUCAUUAACAGGUGCAGUGAGCAGGGUAUGAUGCCUUCGAUGAACAGGUCGAUGUCAGUGCCAGAUACAGGGUCCAUGUGGGACAUGCAUACCUCAGCUUCACAGCCGUCAGGUGGUGAAGCCAGUCUUUGGGACAUAACAAUGAAUCCUUCUACUCAGGGUCCAACUCUCGAACAGCUUCAAAAGCUCCAGCAGGAGAGGCGAGACGCUGAACUCAGGGCGAAGCGUGAGGAGGAGGAGCAGCGAAAGAGGAGGGAGGAGAAGAGGAGGCAACAGGAGGAGCAGAAGAGGAGGGAGGAGGAGGAGCUAUUUAGACGCAAGCAGUGUCGUCAGCAGGAAUUGAUCAUGAAGUUGCUGCAGCAGGCUCCCCAGCAGCAGGCUCCAGGGGCAGGUAGCUCAGGCUGGAGUGGGGGUCCUUCCUCUGGGCUCUCCAAAACAGGGAAGUCCCCUGUUGUGGCUCUUAUGGAAAUGCAGCAGGAGGCAGAGAGACUUCUGAAGCAGCAACAUCAGCAGAGAGCCCAGCAACAGAGAGAACGCCACACGGGCAUGUCAAUGGGGAGUUCCUCCAUGGGUGGGCAGUGGGUGGAUGGUGUUGGCAUGUGGGGUGGACCUGGAGGUAUGGAAGGUAAAAGUGGCAGUGGAAGCUCUUCAGGCAGCAUGGGCAUGUGGGAUGAGGCUGUGAAGAACCAAGCCGGCCUGCGUGGCAACAGCAACAACAACAUGGGCUUGAAGAACAGUCGCAGCAGCCCAUCACUCAGUGAUCAGUACAUGAUGCGUCGUAAGCGGACAGAGGAGGAGGAGAAGCUGCUGAAGCUGCUGCAGGGCAUGAAGCCCCAGGACGGCUUCACCACCUGGUGUGAACAGAUGCUGCACGCUCUCAACACCUCUGCCAACAACUCCACCUCCUCUCUGGAUGUUGCCACAAUUGUGGCGUACCUGAAGGAGGUGGAGUCUCCCUAUGCAGUGCUGGACUUCAUCCGGUCCUACCUAGGGGACACAGUGGAAGCCAAAGAGUUCGCCAAACAGUUUCUAGAGCGACGUGCCAAACAGAAAGCCAACCAACAGAGACAGCAGCAGCAGUUAUCAAAGGAAGUGGCUGGCCUAAACAUGAACUUCCCUCUACAGGACUCAAUGCGAGGUAUGAACCCAAGCACCCUGCAGUCCAUGUUUCAAGCCAACCACAUCGGCAAGGCUGGUCUCUAUGACAACCAGGGGGGAAAGAUGAAAAAGAAACCGCCCAUGAUGCUGCACUCUGACCCCAGCAUCUUAGGUUACUCAUUCCACAACACGGGCGAUUGUCCGGGCCUGAAUGAGAUGGAGAUGGUGGAGGAUUACUGAUGUGACGCCGCGCAGCAGCAAUAGCUACCUGAGGCCUUCUGUCUUUUAAUCAGACAAACCUGAUGACGAAUGUGCACUGCUGGGGGAACCGGGGGUGAGGGUAGGAAGGCAGCGUGUGAGGGGAGGUGCAGGGUGGAGGCGCCUGGAUCUGCGCCUCCUGACCUUUCCUUCCCUCUAGAGAGAAAAAAAAGGGCUCCCUGCUGCACCAGUUGAUCACUUAAGCAGGGGAGACUGGGGUGAAAAGGGGUGAGGUUAAAAGGAAGAUGGGUAUCCUCUGGCACUCAAAAGAUUAAGCACCUUAUACUGAACUAAUGCACUUUAUUGAGAUGGGAUUUGAAUAGUUUUUUUUCAUGUGUGUAUGUAUGUGAGAUUGUCUGGAAUCAGUGCACAUACAGUAUGUGUGCAUACACAAUCUGUGUGUGUGCGUGCGUGCGUGCGCGCGUGUGUGGGGGCAUCACAACUGGAAGUGGGUGGUGAAAAAGUCGGUGGGGUGAAUGGUCGGGUUGUGAGGUUUUCAAAGUCAGGGGGACCUUUAGUUGAAACCUUAUCAGAGAGCAAAUCCUUUCUCGAAAGACAAACACUGUUGAUAUUUCUCUUGUUCAGCAUUUUUUUUACGUUUAUAUAAAAAAGUAAAGCUAUUGAAAAAUGGAUUAUAAAAAGACUUGAAGAUUUGCACUUGCCUAAAAAAAAGAAACGAUAAAAAAACAACAAAAAAAAUCAAACAAAUGGGGUUAGUUAUAGAAGUGAAUAUUUUUUUGGUGAAUGUGUAUGAAUGACUGAUGUGAGAUGGUUUGUUUUUGUCCGUAAUAUACCAGUCUGCACAAUGUUCCUUUUUCUUUUGUUGCUUACCAAGA